CGUCAGUCGGCGGCGAGAGUCCGGUGGUGGGUGCGGAGCCCGAGCCCGUUCCCGCGGCUUCAUCUUCCUCCCCGUCCCCCUCGUCCCUACCCCUCACCCUCUGCCCCCCAUCCCGGCUCCGUCACCCUCCCGCCCCCUACACUCAGGACGAGAAUGCCCUGCCCGGAACAACCUAGCAGCGCCUAGAUGGCUUUGGUCACGGUCCAGCGGUCGCCUACCCCCAGCACCACCUCCAGCCCCUGCGCCUCGAGCUCUUAUUUGGAAGACAGUGAGUCAGCAGCAUUACUUUGCUGUGAAUGUGGAGAAUCAGAAAUCUUUAGUGAUUUCAAUGAGGCCGACAGUGGGGAGGAGGAAUGCCGGUCACAGCCCAGAAGCAUCAGCGAGAGCUUUUUAACUGUCAAAGGUGCUGCCCUUUUUCUACCCCGGGGGAAUGGCUCGUCUACACCAAGAAUCAGCCACAGACGCAACAAGCAUGCAGGUGAUCUCCAACAACAUCUUCAAGCAAUGUUCAUAUUACUCCGCCCAGAAGACAACAUAAGGCUGGCUGUAAGAUUGGAAAGUACUUACCAAAAUCGAACACGCUAUAUGGUGGUGGUUUCAACUAAUGGUAGACAAGACACGGAAGAAAGCAUUGUCCUGGGAAUGGAUUUUUCUUCUAAUGACAGUAGCACUUGUACCAUGGGCUUAGUCUUGCCUCUCUGGAGUGAUACCCUAAUUCAUUUGGAUGGUGACGGUGGGUUCAGCGUAUCAACAGAUAACAGAGUUCACAUAUUCAAACCAGUAUCUGUGCAAGCAAUGUGGUCUGCACUACAGAGCUUGCACAAGGCUUGUGAAGUGGCCAGAAUGCAUAACUACUAUCCAGGCAGCCUUUUUCUCACUUGGGUGAGUUAUUAUGAGAGCCAUAUCAACUCAGAUCAAUCCUCAGUCAAUGAAUGGAAUGCUAUGCAGGAUGUGCAGUCUCAUCGGCCUGACUCUCCAGCCCUCUUCACAGACAUACCAACUGAACGUGAACGAACAGAAAGGCUUAUUAAAACCAAAUUAAGGGAGAUUAUGAUGCAAAAGGAUUUGGAAAAUAUCACAUCCAAAGAGAUACGUACAGAAUUGGAAAUGCAGAUGGUGUGCAACUUGCGAGAAUUCAAGGAAUUCAUAGAUAAUGAAAUGAUAGUGAUCCUUGGUCAGAUGGAUAGUCCUACACAGAUAUUUGAGCAUGUGUUCCUGGGCUCAGAAUGGAAUGCCUCGAACUUAGAGGACUUACAGAACCGAGGGGUACGGUACAUCUUGAAUGUCACUCGAGAGAUAGACAACUUCUUCCCUGGAGUCUUUGAGUAUCACAACAUCCGAGUAUAUGAUGAAGAGGCAACGGAUCUCCUGGCUUACUGGAAUGACACAUACAAAUUCAUCUCUAAAGCCAAAAAGCAUGGAUCUAAGUGCCUUGUGCACUGCAAAAUGGGGGUGAGUCGCUCGGCCUCCACUGUGAUUGCCUACGCAAUGAAGGAGUACGGCUGGAAUCUGGACCGAGCCUAUGACUACGUGAAGGAAAGGCGCACAGUGACCAAGCCUAACCCCAGCUUCAUGAGACAACUGGAAGAGUACCAAGGGAUCUUGCUGGCAAGCAAACAACGGCAUAACAAACUCUGGAGAUCUCAUUCAGAUAGUGACCUCUCAGACCACCACGAACCCAUCUGCAAACCUGGGCUCGAGCUUAACAAGAAGGAGAUGACCACUUCAGCAGACCAGAUUGCUGAGGUGAAGACUGUGGAGAACCUUGCAGCCAUGCCGCCUGUCUUUGUGGAGCAUGUGGCUCCACAAGAUGCAAAUCAGAAAGGGCUUUGUACCAAAGAAAGAGUCAUCUGCUUGGAGUUUUCGUCACAGGAAUAUCAUGCCGGACAGAUUGAAGAUGAAUUAAACUUAAAUGACAUCAAUGGAUGCUCAUCAGGGUGUUGUCUCAAUGAAUCAAAAUUCCCUCUUGACAAUUGCCAUGCAUCUAAAGCCUUACUGCAACCUGGACAGGCCUCCGAAGUGGCCAACGAGUUCCCAGACUUAGCAGUGGAAGAUUUGGAGACGGAUGCACUGAAGGCAGACAUGAAUGUCCACUUACUGCCAAUGGAAGAGUUGACAUCGCGACUGAAAGACCUCCCCAUGUCACCUGAUCCGGAGUCACCAAGCCCCCAACCCAGUUGCCAAGCUGCCAUCUCCGAUUUUAGUACAGAUCGAAUUGAUUUUUUUAGUGCCCUUGAGAAAUUUGUAGAGCUUUCUCAAGAAACCCGGUCUCGAUCUUUUUCCCACUCAAGGACAGAAGAACUAGGUGGAGGACGGAGUGAGGGUUGUCGCCUGUCAAUGUUAGAAGUAACGCCUUCCGAAAUGGCAGCUGAUGACCAGAGAAGCAGCUCUUUGAGUAAUACUCCCCAUGCAUCUGAAGAAUCUUCAGUGGAUGAGGACCAGUCAAAGGCAGUCUCAGAACUUGUCAGCCCAGACAUCAUCAUGCAAUCUCACUCAGAAAAUGCAAUUUCAGUCAAAGAAAUUGUCACUGAAAUUGAGUCCAUUAGUCAAGGAGUUGGGCAGGGUCAGUUAAAAGGAGACAUACUCUCUAACCCAUGCCAUACACCAAAGAAGAACACCAUCCAAGAGCUGCCUCUGGAGAGGGCACAGGCCCCUGAGAACAAAGCUGGACAUUUGGAGCAAGACGAGAGUUUGUAUGCAGACCAGCCUGAACUAGCCGAAGAAUCAGGGAAGUGCAACUCAGAAGGCUGUCCAGCCACACACCCAUCCACAGUAGACUUGGAAGAAGAGGAACCAGGUGAGGGAGAACAGGACUGGGGCCCAGGGAUGCAGCCUGGUGCCAAGUGGUGCCCUGGGUCUGUGAAGCGAGCCACCCUGGAGUUUGAAGAGCGCUUGCGACAGGAGCAGGAGCACCAUGGCACUGUCUCUGCAGGUACCACAUUAUCCAAUCGCAAAAACUCUAAGAACGACUCUUCUGUAGCAGACCUAAUGCCAAAAUGGAGAAGUGAUGAAACCACCCCAGAACAUUCAUUUCCCCUGAGAGAAGCAGAGAUGAGCAAGGGGAAAGGGAAACUGAGUGGGUCGGAAGCUGGACCACUAUCCCAUGCUGAGCAUAAUGCCACUGCUCCGGCCUCUGAGCUGCUGGAAAGUCAUCCCUUGCAAGCACCUCAGGACUGCCGAGGGUCAGACACUGGAACUAAGAAGCAGGAAGGAGACAUGAAGAAGCAGAGGACUGUAAUUCCAAACCAGGGAUUCGAGACACAGGCCAUCCUUCUUCCCCUUCCCAAGAGAAUAGAAAUCAUCGAGUACACACAAACAGUUACAUCACUUGAUCCCACUGAGCCAGGUGAAACAGCACCCAGCAAAGAGGGUGAAAAACAGGGGCUGAGCAAGGUGACGAUGGAGAGGUCUGUCGCUAUGUUUUGUGCGCUGGAUGAAAAUCUCAACAGGACUCUGGACCUCAGCCAGGUUCCCCUGCAUCCCCAAGUGCUACCUCUGCCUCACUCUUCCUCCGAGUAUGACAGGCUCACUGACCCAACCCCCAUCCUAAGUAGCCCUGAAGACAAGGGAAACAGCCCUUCAGUAUCCUUGGAGAAAGCAGCACCUUUGGUCCGUUGCAGUACCCACAUAGCAUCCGCCAACUUGGAUUACCUGCAUCCCCAGUCUGUGGUUCACCUGGAAGGCUGCACAGAGCAGAGCAGCACCACAGACAGCGGGCCGUCCACAGAGCAGGUUAGCUGGGAAGACGGCCAGCAGGGCUUCCUUGCAGGUAGCAGUGGAAUGGCACACAAGUUCUCCCGGUUAAGUAAGGAAGACCUAAGUUUAAUUAACAAACUUGGGGACAAUGUUGGGGUGUCACAGAAAAAACUGGACCCAUCGUCGUCACCUGAAGCCUGUCGAAUCCCACACAGCUCUAGUAGUGAAAAUAUAAGAAAUCUCAGCCACAGCCCUGGUGUAGUGAAGGAGCGCACUAAAGAAAUUGAGUCUCGAGUGAUCUUCCAGGCAGGGGUCACCAAAACAUCACAAAUGAGGCGCUCGGCUUCUCUUGCCAAGUUGGGUUACCUGGACCUUUGUAAAGACUACUUAGCGGAGCGAGAGCUUGUCUCCUCGGAAUCCCCUCAUCUCAAAUUGCUUCAGCCCUUCAUCAGAACAGACUCAGGCAUGCAUGCCUUGAUGGCCCAGGAGCUCUCAGAAAGCCCAGGUGCCCACCAGAACCCACAGCCCACCAAGUAUUUUGUAGAGCAACUCAAAACAACAGAGUGUAUUGUGCAGAGCAAACCAGUGGAGAGGCCCCUUGUGCAGUAUGCCAAAGAAUUUGGGUACAGCCAGCAGUGUUUGCUCCCUAGGGCAAGACCAGAAUUGACUAGUUCUGAAGUAGGCCUUCCUUUGCUACAGACACAGGGCCUGCAGUGUACAGGCCCCGCUCCAGGGCUGGCCGUGGCACCCCGCCAGCAACAUGGCAGAACUCAUCCCCUUAGGAGACUGAAAAGAGCAAAUGAUAAAAAACGGACAACCAACCCCUUCUAUAACACCAUGUGAUCCUGAGCCCGCACACACGGUUUUCUAAGAGAAAUGUUUGUGAAGGGCGGUGUGAUAUGUGAGGAACGUGCACUUUAUCAUUAAUUUUAUAAUAUUUUGUCAUUUUACUGUUCCUGGCUCAUGCAGGGUUUGAGUUUUUCCGUGUGUGCUGUGUGCGUGUGCGUGUGCGUGCGCGCGUGCGCGUGCGUGUGUGUGUGUGUGUGUGUGUGUGUGUGUGUGUGUGUGUGUGUGUGUGUGUUGAUUUGGAUGGCAAGAUCAUUUUUUAUUUUUAAAAAAUUCAAACCUCAAAAAAUUUUUUUUUCAAAGAGCACCUUUUUCAAAGGCAAAUUGCUGUUUUUCAAUCACUGCCACCUGUCACUUUCUCAUUUGCCCUCUGAGAAAAAGACUGCUUGACUGAGGGAAGAACAGAGUGCAGGUGGCACUGAGGCUGGGGGAUUGGAGAGGCCUCACCAGGCCCAAAGCGGCCUGCCCACUGAGGGCAGGGGGAGGUCGCUGCUCCGGCCUGCCUCUCCAGCCCUUCUCUGGAGUUCAUGAAGUCGCGGGUUCUGCUCUGCCUUAAGAGGCAGUUGAGACUCCGUUUCUUCUGGUAUCCCAGCACAUAUCAAUCAUUAUGAAAAAGGGAUUGGUAAUUGGCCUGGCGAUAGAAUUCUAUGAAGCAAAUAAUUUUCCCCAAGAAAACAAUCUGAAAAUCUGAGAGGACCGUAAGCCAAACCCAAGGUCAUCAGUAGACACGCAUUGAGGGAGGAUUGAAGCAGAGGUGGAAACGCAGCCCCCGAGUGACCUGUGGGUGAGUGGGGUCCACACAGGUGGGCCUGGCCCCUCUGCUAGGUGACAGGCUCUGCCACAGGCUUGAAAAACAGCAGCAUCAGUGUGUUCUUGUAAAAUGAAUUCAUAUGUGGGGUUUUAACCCUUCCGCUACUUGAAUAUUCUGUGGGCCUUCUGAGUUGAACGGCCGUAGUUUUCCAAUUCAUUUGCUUCUCUCUUGCUGUUUUCCCUCUCCUGCCCCUUCCUUAAUUUCACAAAUUCUAUUUUAAUUGUUACAGUGAAUACAUAUAACCUAUUGAACACAGUUUUCUAUGUUAGCCCUGUUAACACUUGACCUAAGUUUUUUUUUUUCCUCAUUUUCCUGGAAAGUUUGUCUUUUCUCUACAGUUCAUACACAGUAUUUAUGUACAUAAUGUCACUUUUUAAUGUUUUGUUGUUGAUAUUGUGGGGUCUUUUUUGAUUUAUUCUUUUUAAGGAGUAGAGUUGCAACUGGAAAACAGACACCAGAAAUAAACUGAUAGUUGUUGAUAGGAAUCUACACAGUAUAUUGAUGGUGACUUUAAUUGUUUUAAAUGGAAACUUCUAAUUGCCAGCUCCUGCCAAAUUAUGCACUUCCUCUUCAGAAGCCUUCGUAGGCUCCCGUUAGACCCCCUGAAUGCUAACGUCUCAGAACAUUGUUUGCCAGAAUUGAAGCACAGCCAGGCAAUGUGUGUGCAUUGCUCAAAGGAGCCUCCUGUGGGGCUGAGGCUUGGGGCAGCUCAGCCAGGGCACAGAUUCCAUUUAGGGUCCCAUUGCUGUGUUGUGUUGUGAUGAUCUUUAACACUGGAGGACCUGCUGUAAAUAAGCCUCUGAGAGUCUUCGAGAAAACGUCUGACCUGAAACAAAUCACCCAGUAACCCACCAUAGCGCAUCAAAACUGAAAAGGUCUACACAUUUGUUUCCUGCUGGCUUUUGUUGAUGUCCACGUUGCUGAGGAUUGUGUAGGUAAGAGCCAGGGACUCAGGUUUUUAAUUUAUCACAGAUUAUCAUCAGAGACAGAAUUUGGAGGGAGCAGGUAGUAGGAUACAGAACAGGGAAACCGUCCAUUUUCAAGUUCUCCAGAGCUGUGGAUCCAAUUGACAUACUAAAGCCAUGGUUGGGUAUGAUGUCACUGCCAGGAGGCAGAGGCCAGCUGCUGAAAACGUAUGGUGUAGGAGUUAUAUGUACCUGUGCUGUCUUUCGGUAGUUUCUUUGAAUGUCACAGCUUUGUGAGUCCUGUGUUGUCUCAUUAGGUGGUGUGUACCAGUGUGGGGGGGGUUGGGAGGCAAGAUGAUGAAUUCCAGGGCUUUCUGCUAAAGAGCCCUGUCUACCAAUAUGAUGGUAGGACAGGAAAAUAUGGUAGAGUAAGGAAUAUCUGCAUGGAGGUUGAGAGAGUGGCAUCACCAAAAAGUAG